AUGAGCGACUGGGAUUCUGUUACCAAGAUCGGCGGCAAGUUCCGUGGAGCUGGCGCCGCUCCCCGCGAGACCGUUAUUAAGGGCAAGAGCGCCUUGAACGCCGCUCAGCGCUCAGGUGGCAUUCUCGCAACUGAGAAGAAGUACACAACUGGUAACCUUGCCGCCAAGUCUGGUGCCCCCGAAGGCCAGCACCUCACCAAGGUCGACCGCAGCGACGAUAUUAUCAAGCCUAAGACUGUCGGUACUGCCGUCGGUGAUGCUAUCAAGCGCCGCCGAACUGAGGAGGGCUACAAGAUGACCCAGAAGGAACUUGCUACCAAGUGCAACACCACCAUUACCAUCGUCCAGGACUUCGAGCGUGGAUCCGCCACACCAGACCAGAAGGUUCUCAGCUCAAUGGAGCGUGUGCUAAACAUCAAGCUCCGUGGCUCUGAUAUCGGUGCCGAGAAGUUCCCCAAGAAGAAGUAA